AUGAUGAAGUCUGUUGGUUUGGGUUCGCAUAGACCACUGUCGGGUCAAUUAUACAAGUAUACAAAUGUCGUAAAAGGUUGGCAGCAGCGUUGGUUUGCCGUGGACCCUGAAACUGGUGUAUUAUCCUACUACCUAUUUGAUGGACCAGGUGACGCUGUCCCACCUGGACAGCCGGUCAGGGGUGAGGCGCAGUUGGCAGCAGCAGUUAUAUGUCCAAGUGAUGAGGACUCCCGUACCUUCACUAUUAAUUGUGCUUCUGGCGAUAUGCUCAAACUGCGGGCUACUGAUGCACGAGCGAGGCAGGAGUGGGUCAACGGCUUGAGAGCUAUUGCUGAAAUUCAUACUAAGGCAAUGGGUGCAAAUCCCCCUCUUCAGCCACGAGAACAGCUUGCUGUGCAUGAUGCCAUGGCCUCAGCUAGACAACAAUUACAAGCUACAGAAUUUAGUGAUGCUGCUCUGGCAAGGUGUAUAGAAUCCUCAGACUCUCCAUUCCCACACACAGAUCCUGAUUUACUUCUGUUGAAAGCCACAUCAGCUGCCAGCAUGCAAUGUCUCCUACAGUGCCUCGGCAUCCUGCACCGACAGCAACAAUACGCCACCGUCAGCAUCUCCAGCAAACAUUCCGACACUGACCACCAUUAG